CGACGCCGCCGCCGUAGUCGCCGCCGCCUCCUUCAAGCGGGGCCCAGGCCCAGCCGCCGCCACCGCUGCCGCCGCCGAGCUCCGCCGCCGCCGAGCACCAUGGGAGACGCCGGGAGCGAGCGCAGCAAAGCGCCCAGCCUGCCGCCUCGCUGUCCCUGCGGCUUCUGGGGGUCCAGCAAGACUAUGAACCUCUGUUCCAAAUGCUUUGCUGAUUUUCAAAAGAAACAACCAGACGAUGAUUCUGCUCCAAGUACCAGUAACAGCCAAUCAGAUUUGUUUUCUGAAGAGACCACCAGUGACAACAACAAUACCUCGAUAACCACGCCAACUCUUAGUCCCAGCCAGCAGCCGCUUCCGACAGAACUGAAUGUAACUUCACCAAGUAAAGAGGAGUGUGGGCCAUGCACAGACACAGCUCAUGUCUCGUUAAUCACACCAACCAAAAGAUCCUGUGGUACAGAUUCACAGUCUGAGAAUGAGGCUUCGCCAGUGAAACGGGCACGACUACUGGAGAACACCGAACGACCUGAGGAAACCAGCCGGUCUAAACAGAAGAGUCGACGUCGGUGCUUCCAGUGUCAGACCAAACUGGAGCUGGUGCAGCAGGAAUUGGGAUCAUGCCGCUGUGGUUAUGUGUUCUGUAUGUUACAUCGCCUCCCCGAGCAGCAUGACUGUACGUUUGACCACAUGGGCCGCGGCCGAGAGGAAGCCAUCAUGAAAAUGGUGAAACUGGACCGGAAAGUGGGGCGCUCCUGCCAGCGCAUUGGGGAGGGGUGCUCUUGAAGGCCAGGCAUGGCCGCCACAUGACGCUGUUCUUAGUUCACUAAUGUUAGCCUUAUUUAGGACAAAGUCAGCCAGACACCUUGUACUGGGCACGCGUCAGACUACAGCCAGUCCGUUUCCUUUCUUUAGCCAGCCAUCCUGGUACUGUAGUUUAGGGGUUGAUGGUGGUUGAAAUUGAUUUCUGGCUGGUUACUAAGGUGCCUGCUAGCCAUUGUAUAAAAUUAAAACGUGAAGAAUA